AUGACGGCUGUAUCAAGAACGGAUCUCCUCAACUGGCUCAAUGAGCUCCUCCAGAUAAGCUACUCGAAGAUCGAGCAAUGUGGCACUGGCGGCGCCUAUUGUCAAAUUCUUGACUCAAUCUACGGCGAUAUACCGAUGAAUCGGGUGAAGAUGAACGCGAAGCACGAGUACGAAUAUGUCGCGAAUUACAAAAUCAUGCAAACCGCUUUCAAGGCUAAGAAGAUCGACAAGCCUAUACCCGUGGAGAAGCUAGUCAAAUGCAAAAUGCAGGACAACCUCGAGUUCCUACAAUGGAUGAAGCGGUUCUGGGACGCUAACUACGGAGGUCAGGGUUACGACGCGGUCGCCCGACGAAAAGGCGCGCCUAUGGAAGGUCCCGCUACCGUGGCCCCACUCAACACAUCCCGAGCGACGCCUGCUGUCGGAUUGGGCGUCGGUGCUCGAACAGGCGGGCGAACGCCCAUCGGUGGGCAUCGUUCCGGAUCGGCGCUGUCGAACGAGGCCGUGCAACAUCUUCAAGAGCAGGUGAAGGAGCUUUCCUCGCACCUUGAGGGGCUCGAAAAAGAGCGCGAUUUCUACUUUGAGAAGCUACGUGACAUCGAGAUUCUGGUACAGGCUCAGAUGGAAACUUUGGAAAGUGAAGGGAAGGAAGACAGCACUUUGAAAGAGAUUCAGAAAAUUCUGUAUUCGACGGAGGAAGGAUUUGAAGUUCCCGAUGCCGGUGCCCCUGUCGAUGAAGAAGAAACCUUCUAG